AUGGCGACAAUAGAAAAUGUCAACUCUCCAACAAACAGUCAAGGGCUAGUUGAGCCACAAUCUAAGACAGCGGACUAUAUUCAAGAGUUUAUCUUCACGCGCACAGGACCUCUGCGCAUCAACAUGAAGAUAUGUCCAAAGAGCGACCAAAACCAUCCUCUCUAUUAUGCGAACAUCACGGGCUCUUUCGGCGAUGACACCGACCUUGCAUUGCAUGCUGGUUCUGAUAGAGACCAACCUCACGUGGGAACCUGCCAUUUCAACAAAUUUCAUGCACCGCAAAUUGAAGUGCACCGUCAGGGUGGACCGAAAUCGAAGAUGAUCAUGAUCAAGGGACAGGGUUAUCACUGGUCCAUGCCUUGGGUACAUUAUUCAACUGAGCAAGGUCAUACAGAGAUUGAGCGCCACUUUUAUUGGAGGGCACAAGAAAAACACACACCGGCAUCGCCAGGCUCAGGCAAAUUAUGUUUGGAGCUGUGUAGUACAGACUAUGAUGACAUUUAUGCUACUUAUUCUGGUGCUGCACCUGGUACUCGGAAAGGAGGCAUCUUAUAUUUGAAGAAGAAUUUGGGAGAAGAAUGGAAGACGAUGGUGAUUUUGACACUAUCCACCCUGGUUGAGAAAGCCAGGCAGACAAGGGCUCGAGAUGGAGGCUUUACUACGGGCAUGUUGGCUUACUGA